AUGGAAAGGUAUCUGGAAACUUUAGACAGUGAUGACACACAGUCAGAAGGAGGGUCAAAAAGGAAGGACAGAUAUAUGGAUAACGAGGAAGAUGAUAUUUUUAGAAAGAGCAAAAAGUUCUCGAGAACCCCAACAAAAAAUCAAGAGAAAAGAAAUGAAGAAACAAAAAUUGAUCAAUUAUUAAUAAUGAUGAGCCACCUCACCGAUGACAUUAAGGAAAUAAAAAGAAAUCAAAAAGAAAGCAAGGAAGCAAUAGAAAAGCUCAUUAUAGAAAACAGAGCGCUGAGAAAAGAAAAUGCGGAACUAAAACAAGAGAAUAUAGAAAUCAAGGAGGAACUCAGAGAAAUAACAAACCACAUGGAAGUUAUGGAAAAACACCGACGAAUAAAUAACGUAGUCAUGAACGGUCUAAGGAUAGACACAUAUGAACAAGCAGGGUUAAAAGAAACAACUAACAAUUUCAUCAAACAACACUUAGGAGUAGAGGUUAAAAUAAGGAAUGCUCACAAGCUAGGAGAAAACACAUGCCUCAUUGAAUUAGAAAACCAGGAAGAAAAAAGAAAAAUAAUGGAAAAAAAGUAUAAGUUAAAAGAAAUAAGAGGGCUGAAGGUAUAUAUUAACGAAGAUGCAACCAUAAGAGAACGAGAAAUACAGAAAACAAUUAGAAACAUUGCUCAGGAAGAAAGAAACAAAGGAAAUGAAGUCAAGAUUGGAGUAAAAAAAAUAUGGGAAGACGAUCAAUGGGAAGACCAAGAAAACGAUGGAAUAACAACUUACUGGAGCCACAUUGACAAACAGACAGUCUUGUCUACACAAAAAGAAGAACAAGAAGAAGAAUCUUACUACUCGCAGUGCUAG